GUUGAAAGUACUGUAUAUACUUUUCAUUUUAAGAAAUCACAUUGUAAAGCUAAAUACAUUUAUUGGCCAUACAUCACUGAAAAAUAACUGUAUCCGUUACCGUGGAAGUAAGCUGAUUUGCAAUGUGUUUAGAUUAAUGAGAAAAAGAGAAAGCGCCUGAACCUCUCAACAUGUACCGUGACAUCACUCUGACAGCUGUGCUCGUUCAAUAGAUGUAGCAGUCGAGCUCUAUAAACGGGAAUAACCCCCACCAAUCUGUUUCAGUGCAAGCAACAGCAUCUCAGGGAGUCACCCAAGCCAAUGGAGAGCUUGUGCCCGCGUUUUGCAAAUCGUCAAUGUAGACAGGCAGUCAAGACCUGAGAACUAGCAGUUCAUCCCAUCCACAAGAACACCUGCACGGAACAGAGAGCAAUUUAUAAUAAAGAGGAAGCUAAGAGUCAAGCAAAAAUAUACCUCUUUCUUCUAAAAAGAGGGACAGAGCGCGGAAUAUCGGAAGAGACACAUUAAAGGAAAAGCAUGAAGAAAAGCCAUUUGAUCAAACGGGGUCUUCAAGAUGCCAACCAGCCAUCAUCGCAACCGGACAAAGUAGGCUGGAUACGCAGGUUCUGUGGCAAAGGGAUAUUCAGGGAAAGAUGGCGAAACCGCUUUGUGAUGCUUAAAGGAGAUCAUCUGUACAUAUUUGAAAAAGAGAUGAAGAAUGAUGGAAAGACUCAUGAAGUGUUUGACCUGGCACAGUACGAGCGUUCAGAGGAACUGAGAAAGACCAAGAGCCACAGCAAGAAGAACCACAGUAAAUUCACCCUGCUGUGCUGCAACCAACCUGGGAACAAGAGUUCCAAUCUCGUAUUUCUGGCUGUGAGUCCAGAGGAAAAGGAAUCUUGGAUCAAUGUUUUAAAUACAGCUAUUACCAGAGCUAAGAACCAUGCUCUGGAUGAGGUCAUGAUUGAGGAGAUUCUUCUGGCACACCCUACACGCGAUCGAGCCAGGAUCCCACUCGGGCGUCGUUUGCCCACGCGAGGUCAUCUUAUGGCUGUGGCCUCCUCCUCCUCUGAUAGAAUGCUGACACUGGACUUGGUGAAUGAGGAGGAUGCAUGUAUGCUUGAUGUGUGGAUGAAGGACCAUCAGGUCAGCCUGCAUAAACUGGCUCCUGGCCGUCGACGAGCUGGCACUGAUGUGUCCAGGCCACAAGCCUCCAUUACAGAAAGCAAGGUGAAAACCAGCAGCUUGCCCCGCUGUAGUGAGUUCUCUUGGGGCCAUGAAAACCAGUCUCACAUCCUUCAAAGUGGGAAUAAAAUGUUCGCUCAGGGCCGCAACCGCUGUUCUUCCAUGGAUGACACUCUGUCCCGAGGAGAGCGAAAACCGGCCAAGAAGAAUGGGCUCCAGGCAACACCGGCCCAGAGUACCAUAGGUCACCUUCAGGACCUGAUCACUCAGAGGCUGCGGAUGACUCAAGAGCUACUGGCUGAGAUCCAGGAACUGGAGCCCCAUAGGGGCAGAAUGGGAUCUUACUCCUACCUAAGAGGCAUUGACUCCCCCCGACUUCGCCAUCUCAAGGGCUCUGACUCCCUACACUCGAAGGGCUCAAGCUCACAAAGCUCUCCCCACAGUAAAGGCAUGGACUCACCCUCAGUAAGGGCAAAAGAUUCACCUGGUUCCAGUAGGAAGGAAUCGCCUCACGUAAAAUCAAAGGACUCGCCUCGCUUUAAAGCAUCAAAAUCGUCUCAUUCCAAGAGUGCAUUUAGUUUCAAAAGCAUUGACUCACCUGAUUCUAAAGUAUCAAGUUCACCCCAUAUGAAAUGUAUUGAUCUGACCCACAUCAAAUGCUCAGACUCCCCUCUUUCCACUGGCUCAAACUCGCCCCAUUUGAGGUCCACAGACCCUGCUUUUUUUUGGAUCUGUAACUCACCCCAUUUCAAAGGCUUGAAGAGUACAGACUCUCCCCUUAGUGAAGCUCUGGAUUGGGAGAGCAGGAGGGUAGCAGCUGAGCGGUUGUUACAUGAAGCCAUUUCCUCUUGGCGAGAAGCAGGAGAGAUACUGGGUGAGGUAAAAGAGCUACAAGCCAGACAGCAGCAGGCAGAGCAGAGUUAAACUGAAACGGCCACAACACCCUAACAGAAAAGCAGAAAAACCCCAGACCAAAUCUUUAGUCAGUCAUAAUGCUCUCAAAAACUUGUGAGCCUUUACAAUGAAUGCAAUGAUGGAGAACAACAGUGCCCUGCUUCAGCAAGAUUUGUCUAUAAAUCUGAGGAUAAUUUACCCCAAAAAAUGAGUUUCUUUAAUCAUUUCAUUUAAUCAUUUAUUUAAUCAUUUAUUCUUUAAUCAUUUACUCACCCUCAAGCUGUUUCAAAAAGAAAGAAUCACUUUCUUUUUUCAUUGAAACACAGAAUGACAAUGUAACAGAUAAAGGUCUGGCAAGGAGGAAGUGGGAACUGGAUGAACCAUCAAAAUAAUGUUUAAUGAAAACUUAAAAAGACAUAAACACACAUGGCAGCUGCGUGUGGCUCUCUCUCUCCCGAGCUGCUGCAUCCGAUUCGGCUUUAUCCCUCUCCUCGGCUGAUUAGCCCAAUUGGGGGCCGGCCGUGUGCACUCACGGCCUGUCCCCGCCCUCCUCCUCGUCAAAGACAGCCUCAGUCAUAAUUCACUUCCAUUGUAUGGAAGAUGCUAUGAAAGUAAGAAGUGACUGAAAGGAUAAAAGUCAUGCAGGUUGGAACAACAUUAAGGUACAGAUUAUUACAUUUGACAGAAUUAUAAUGACAGAAUUAAAAUUUUGGCCGAACAAUCCCUUAAAAUCUGCAAAGGUGUAGUCUUGCCAUUGGUAAGAACUGGAAUGUGUUGUUUAGUUAGUAUUGAUUCCCUUUUUUGCAGAAACACCUCAGGUGGAAAAGUUAUUUUGAGGAGAGCAUGAUGGAAAGGUUGAGUUCUGAGUGUUUUGUGUGAAGGCCAGCAGUGAUCCAAUAAUUUAUCAUAUAUAUAUAUAUAUAUAUAUAUAUAUAU